UGUCACAUUUUACAGCACUUUUUUCGGAAAACAAAAAACAGCUGAUCAGUUUGGCAUUUUGUUUGUGGCAAGUUGACGUGAAAUUACUGUUUAGGCGAAAUAAACAAAAAUAAAUUUUAGAAAAGCUGAGAGAGAGCAACUAACUGAAAACGCACGCAGCUCGUAAGCAACCGGCAAAAAAGUAUCUUUGGAAUUGUGGAGCGCCAUGAAUAUCUAGAAACGGAAGUCAAUAUUUCAAAUCUUCAAAAACAAGCUGAUAAAUUCAAAUUAAAAAAUAAAUAGCCUUCAGAGAUACACAUUGUUUGAUAAAAGAACAACUUUAAAAAAACCUAAAAGAGGUCUACAAGUAGGAAGAAUACCACAGGCAGAGAAAUAACUAACUUAUUAAGAAAAAAUUGAUUUAUUUUAAAACAAUAUUUUCACCAUGGACUUCGAGAUUGACACCCAGAAGAUUUGUGAGGACUUACAGGGCACCGACAGGCGACAAAAAACCACCGUUUUGGGUGACCUCCGUGACAAGAUAAAAGACUCCCCGAAGAGCGUGAGCACGGAAAGAUUGGCUGAUAUUUUUGAUGAACUUUACCUGCAUCUAUUGAAAUCCUAUCACGAUCGUUUCGAAAGCGUUCGCGAUCAUGCCGUUCAAGCGGUAAAUGCUUUUCUAGGCAUACUACCGCCCAUGGAUUUCCACCUAAUGAAUGUUGUGUCGACAUUGGCAGAGCGUAUGGGACAGGCUGAGACCGUGGAGCCUAGCGAGGAAAUUCGUCUGCAGUACAUAAGUCAACUAAAUUUGAUGGUAUGCCAAUAUGCCAAGAUGGGAAAUGUUGGCGUCUUCAGGGAAUGCUAUCCACUGGUGGUCAAGAUCCUAAUCAAGUCAAUCAAAGAUGAGUAUCCCGUGGUUCAGCGUGAAGGAUGCACAACCUUAGUUAAUCUCGCCCGUGUGGCAGAAUCCCUUGAACUGCGUCCCCAUAUAGAUUCACUACUGGUAGCUCUAUAUGGCAUGUUGAAUCACAAGCAUGCUCAGGCCAGAAUAUCAGCUGUUGAGGCCAUCGGCAGACUUAGUCUGCACAUGGACGCCAGUGGUGAAGGAAUGAGGCGGCUUUUCAAUGAGGUAUCCCCCCUUCUAAUGGACACAAUGCCUUUGGUUCGGCGAGAAGUUGGACAGAUGGGUAUACUUAUGUUAAUGGAGCUUUUGGAUCGUUAUUCCUUCUUCGAGAGAAUUUUACCAUUGGUUCUUUGCUGUCUGAAAGAUGAAUCCCCCGAGGUUCUGAAUCACAUCUACCCACAGUGGGUAGAGUGUGGCAAACUGUAUUUCAAUGAAAAUGAAGCCGAGUUGACGAAACAGGAAAUCAGCGAUCUGCCGGCAGAAAAUUAUCCAGAAAAUGUAAAGCGUCCAACUAUAGGAUGCCGAGCGUUGGUGCAACGUUCUCUCAGAUUAUUGUCACUUAUCACUCGAGAAACUAGUGACUGGAAGGAUAAUGUUCGUCUUCAUGCUUUAAAGCUUUUAUACCAAUUUGUUUUACAUGCUGAGGCUGCCAUGACGGCCAAGUUCUUUGAAAUCUACGGUGAUUUGGCCCAUGCCUGUAUCGAUCCUGUGGCAGAGGUUAGUGCCGAAGCUGCUAAGGUGGCUGACUUAAUGGGUCGCCUCUUGUCCUACGAUGCCUGGAUUGAUCAUGGUUUCGAUGGUCUGGAACGGUUUGCUCGUGAGUCCUAUAUGAGAUGUUUUUACCACAUGUUUACCUCUGCCUUGGGUGGCACAUAUGAUCAACUGCUGAAAUUGGCAAAGCUUCUUCGCACCACCGAUUACUCUCAUACAUUAAAACCAACUUUCCAACUUUAUAUACUAAAACUAUUGGAUACCAUAAUAGAUAAAUCGCUGCAAAUAGAUGCGGGAUACGAUGAGCUGAUGGAACUCUAUGAAUCGGUCUACGUAACUGCCUUUAAGGUUAUGGCCCUAUCAUAUUCCAUUAACAGUAAUGGAAAUGAAGAUGUUAACCGCGGUCAAAUGUUGAUCGAAAGAAUUGUGGAUCUUGAAAAAACUACGAUUGCUAAAAUUCACGAACGUUGGUUCCAUUUGGCCCUGAAGGAUGUGGAGAAUCUGGAUGCAGCUUUGGAAGAAAAUUCAGAGCCUGUUAUGAUGCUAGAUGGUUUGAUAAAUAUGGCCUUAAUUCGAGAUACAUAUUUUGCUGAUCUUAUGGAGAAAGUUAAGCUGGUCUUUGAGCAUUGCUGCGAUAGUGCUCAAGUGAAAAUCUUCAGUAGUCUUUCGGUGGCAACGCUCUUUUGGUCAAAAACUAUGAACGUCGAACGUGAGCGUAGCACUCAGAUAUUAAGUGAGUUUGUUUCGCAAAUUGUGGAACCCUAUUUGACCUGGAAAGCUGGCUCUAAUGCCGAGGCCAUGAGAUCUCUGGCCAUGGCUACACUAUGUGCUUUGGCUCAGGGUGCUGAGUCUGAGUCUGCAGAAGUUCUGCCCUCUUUGGCCAAACAUAUGCCAGGUUUACUGGAAGAUCGUAACGUCACAACUCGUCAUUAUGCCAUUAAGGCGGUAGUUUACUUCCGUGAUAUGUCCGUGGAGGACUUGAAGCCAUUGGCUUAUGCCACUAUGCAGCGCAUGGAUGAUCCUUCGGCUGGUAUCCGUGUCCUGGCUGCUUUGGCUGUGGGUAAACUGAAGCCCAAGUUCAGUGAUUCCGAGACGGAAGCAGAACAUGAGAAGGAAGUCUGGGAUGCUUUCGUUAAACGUGCCAUGGAUCUGAUGUUACUCUAUCAUGAAAGUCCGGAAAAGGAUAUCAGAAAUUCUGUGGAAGUUUCACUUAAGGUACUGGUCAGAUCUCAUCCAGAAGCUUGGGCAGAACGCUUUCCACGUGCUUUGGCCAUGGCUCAGAAAAAGGAUCAACUUAAUGAACUCUUCAACAGGUUAACCAUCGAAGAAGAAACAGAGCCUGAAGAUUAAUCCUAAACUAAGGUCUACAUACUUUCCAUAGUAUUUACAAAUUUUAUAAGUUUAUUAGCUUUUUAAUUUGGUAAAAUGUCAUUUGGCCAAACGUACAUCUAAUCUUUCGAAAUCAAAGGCUUUUCUCUCGAAUUAAAUUUAAAUUUUCGGAAUGACAAUCAAAUUUCCUUUCACAUUUUCUAGUUUACAUUCUGGCAAUUGCUUUAAUUGACUAAUAUAUUUCCACUUCCAAGAGUAGCAAGAACUAUUGUAAACAAAAGCCCAAAAACUAUAAAGUAAAAUGUGUGCAAGCGAAAAUCUCACAAAUCACUUGUUUAUUUUGCCAUGGCCAAAAAUAAUCCGUUUGAUGAUGAAUUGGGUUGCAAAUGGGGAAAAGCAAAUCAUGAAGGAAAAAUCAUCAAAAACUGCAAUUAAUAUACGGCACGAUAUUGGGUUAAAUACUUGAUAAAUAUACGAAUUUAUAAAUAUCCGGAAAUGGGAACAAAAAGCAUUUCGUUUUAAAAAAAAACCAAUCCAAAAAAGUGAAGAUAAAAUACUGCAAAUUGUUUCAUGUUAGGGCAUAAAUAUUACAAAUUCCUUUGGGGUCUGGCUAACAGUCAAUUAGCUGCGCAAAUACAUAUUUUCCCAGACCAUUCAAUCAACUACCAACAACAUCUGAAAUAAUUAAAACGCUGAGCACACAUUUGAACUUGUGGAUCUGGACAGGAAGUUUUUCUUGUUGCAUGAAAUUACCAUUUUAAUGGGCGAGCCCUACGUUUCAAUAAUCCCCGGGAUUAACGAAUCUGGCAAAGUGUUGCAUAACUUUUAGCGCAUUCGUUGUUGGCGCAUCGAAUGGAUGGAUUUUUCAAUCAUCAGCAUCAGCCGACCCAAUUUCCCGGGCAACAGAAAAACUAAUUUGCGCCACUAUGUAGCCGAAAAGUUUGCACACUAUAUUAAAACAAUUUGUCAAAUUAGGCAAAAUGUACAAGUUUCUAAUUAAAAUACCCACACGCGCGCACACGAGCUUCUGGCUUCGUUACAGGGAUGAGGGCGCACAAGUACAGUCCCCGCUCGAAUAAGAAGAACGUUUUUUAUUUAAGGGAAAAACAAAUUUAAUGAAAUAAAUAAUAUAUUUACUAAUGAA